GCGCUGCUUUGGCUGCUUGCGAGAGGGGCAGCCAGUGGCAUAUUGCCGCUGCUCUGUUGGAGGAUUUCCACUUGCAGCUCCUUUCGCCUGAUGAUGGCGCAGCUGCAUCUGUUCUCUCAGCAUGCGGCAAGGCAGGUCGCUGGCCAGCAGCCUGCCAGCUGUUUGAGGCUCUUAUCAGGACCAAAGACAGAGGUCACCGAGAAGAG